CGGGGCGCGGGGCAGGAAGUGACGGUAGCGCCGAGCGUCGCUGCGGCGGAGAGGCGGCGGGUGAGGCGGGGAGCGAGCGGCGGGGGCAGCAAUUGUGUGCCAGAAAUAUGGCUACGGACUGGCUCGGGAGCAUUGUGUCAAUUAAUUGUGGAGAAAGCUUGGGAGUCUACCAAGGACGAGUGUCUGCUGUGGAUCAGGUCAGCCAGACCAUUUCCCUGACGCGGCCCUUCCAUAAUGGGGUCAAGUGCCUCGUGCCAGAAGUCACCUUCAGGGCAGGUGACAUUACGGAGCUGAAAAUUCUGGAGAUCCCAGGGCCAGGGGACAGCAGACAGUGUGGGGAUCUGCAGCAGACAGAAAUGGGCAUCCCUGGGGUUGGAUGCCAAGUGGGUCCCAGUCAGAACGGCACCGGGAAAGUGUUAAAGAAGCCCAUCUCCAGCAGUGCCCCGCAGAAUAUCCCAAGGAGAACAGACGGGAAGAAUCAGGAUAUUAUCAUCUCUCCACAGCAACAGUGCUCCAAGAGCUACAUGGAUCGACACGUGGAAACACUGACACAAUCCAAAGGCUUCCGUCGUAGACACAAUUCCUGGUCAUCCAGCAGCCGUCAUCCAAACCAAGUGACUCCAAAGAAGAGUGGCUUGAAAAACGGGCAGAUGAAGAGCAAAGAUGAUGAAUGCUUUGGGGAUGACAUUGACGAAAUCCCAGACACAGAUUUUGAUUUUGAAGGGAACCUGGCCCUUUUUGACAAGGCAGCUGUGUUUGAAGAGAUUGAAACUUACGAGAGGAGGAGUGGCACUCGUUCCCGGGGGACCCCAAAUGAGAAACCAGCUCGCUAUCGGCACGAUGAGAACAUCUUGGAAUCAGAGCCCAUAGUCUACAGAAGGAUUGUCGUACCCCAGAAUGCUAGCAAAGAGUUCUGUACGGACUCCGGGCUGGUUGUUCCAAGUGUAUCUUACGAGCUUCACAAAAAGCUGCUCUCAGUUGCUGAGAAGCAUGGGCUGACUCUGGAGCGGAGGCUGGAGAUGACAGGAGUGUGCGCAAGUCAGAUGGCCCUGAGUCUCCUUGGGGGGCCCAACAGGCUGAAUCCGAAGAACGUGCAUCAACGGCCUACGGUAGCCCUGCUGUGCGGCCCCCACGUGAAGGGGGCCCAGGGGAUCAGCUGUGGGCGGCACCUCUCCAACCACGACGUCCACGUCAUCCUUUUCCUUCCCAACUUUGUCAAGAUGCUGGAAUCCAUCACCAACGAGUUGAACCUUUUCGGCAAGACGCAAGGCCAGCAGGUGUCCAGCGUCAAAGAUCUCCCAGAUACCCCUGUUGACCUAGUGAUCAACUGCCUGGAUUGUCAUGAAAAUGCCUUUUUGAGGGAUCAGCCUUGGUACAAAGCAGUUGUGGACUGGGCCAACCAGAACCGGGCACCCGUCCUCAGCAUAGACCCUCCGAUAAAUGAAAUGGAGCAGGGCAUCGAUGCCAAGUGGUCGCUGGCCUUGGGCCUGCCCCUGCCCUUGGGCGAGAGGGCAGGGCGCGUGUACCUCUGUGACAUUGGCAUUCCCCAGAAGGUCUUUCAAGAAGUGGGAAUAAACUACCACUCGCCUUUCGGCUGCAAAUUCGUCAUCCCCUUGCACUCCACUUAGAGCCCAUCCAGCCAUGGCUCUGAAGGGAGAGAAGAGAGAAGGAGGAGGUCUGUCAAAUUAAGCUGUCCAGUGGAUCCUGACUAGUAAACUCGUGACGCCUUAAGGAUGUGAAGUUCUGGAGAAUUUUCCUUCCAGAAGAAACAUUGUGUGUUUAAAAAAAAAAAAGAAUAAUCAUAAAACGAAACAAAAAGAGGAGGAAGUGAAUGUUCCUGCAAAGCUGUUUUCAUUCUCUUGUGCCAUUGUAUGAAGGAACAUGCAGGAUGAUGGUGUCUGUCCCCAGUGAAGGCGGCUGCUGCUGCCCAGCCCCAGCCGGGAGGCUCUUUAAUGAGGGGGUGUACGUGGAGGUGGUACAAGUGAUGGGUGGUUUGGAGAUUUGAGAUGUGUUUCUGUCCUUCUGGGUGGAUAGACCCAGCGAGGGCAUCCUGGUGGGAACAGCACCCCUUGAUUGUGUAGAAAUACCUUCUGUUGCAGUCAUAGCAGAAGGGAGGACGUGGUUUCAUUCCGUUGUUCUUUUUGACUCCCCUCCCCUGUUUUAUGUUUCUGAAGGCAGUUGUAGCUUGCUCUCCCUCCUGGACCCUCCAGCUCCUCAAGGAGAGCGUUCCCUCUUUGGAAAGCUUGUGUCAAGAGCAGAAGCUCUCAGGUUUCACAUGCUCUGGGAACACUGAUGUCCUCAGCUAGGCCUUACUUGCUUAUAUACUUUGUUGGGUUUUUGUUUGCUUAGUGGGUGAAACCCAGGAUACGGGAAUGAGGUGUGUUUUGGAAAAGAACUUUUCCAGGAUAGUUGUGUGGGGGUUUUGGGGGGUUGUUUUUUUGGUUUUCUUUUUUUCCCGCCUUCUUUCUGGCACAGUGAGUGGCUGAAUUGGGGAAAGGAUAGUGAAGCAGAGCAGUGUCACUCUUCAGUUUGUUGCAUGGUGUAUGGUGCAGGUGAUAUUUCCCCCAGUGCUUCCAGUAUCCCUUCUACACUCAAUGUGGUUUGGGAAGUAGGUCACGGAUCCGUUCAUUCCCUUUGGACUCAAAGCCUGCGUAUAGGGUGGGCUUGUGUGUGUGUCUGUGUGCUGGGAACCAGCUUGAGGAGGGCCUUGGGUCCUCAGCUCACAGGGUCCUGUUUGCCUGUAGGGGAUGGUGUGGUGAGAGCUGCUGCCCUUCUGGAGGGGAACGGCAGGCGGGUUUUGUUGAAUUACUGUAGAGGAUCUGCCCUGGGUUGCUCUGCUAACUGCUCUUGUGCAGCACUUGCUUCCCACGUGCUGCCAGGAGGCAUUGGGUUAUCUUCUCCCAUGUUCAUUUUGUUGACCCUGGUGCAGGGACAAGCUGAGAAACCCUCAGCUCAGCUGGCUUUGGGAGUCCAUCAUGCUGGCUCUGUGCUGCUCUCUGAAGGCUUUGUGCCCGCUGAGCCAGGGAAGUGCUGAACCUAGAGUGAUGCAGGAGGUGCUGUAAGGGUGAGCUGUUCCCUCUGAGGAACUGGGCAGAGGCAAGGCAGGGUCCCUGUUCUUGCAAAGUGGCGCUCAGCUCCCUCCUUGCUCCCAGUGCCAAGAGUGUGGGUGGUACUUGAAGCUCUGCUGCUCUUCUGGUACCCUGCACAGACCCUGUUCCUGGCAUCUGGGAGAGCUUUAGAGCUUGAAACAGUGCCUUUUCUCCAGGAGAGCUGGAUCUUUUGUGAGGCUGAAGCACAGGGAUAUCUAAAAAUGGUCACCUGCUGUUGCAGCUGCUCUGUUGCUGGGCUCUGCUAAGCAGGUGAGUCCCACUUAGCAAACCUACUGACCCGCUCGUGCUCUGAGUAGUGAGGAUUUACAGGUCAGGCGCUUGUCUUUCCCUUUCAUCUGCUUAGAACAAAGGCCAGGUGUAUUGAGGGAAGAGACUUUCCCAGUUGAAAAGAAGCAGUGGAGUAAUUGAUGUCAUCUGGAAGCAUGGAGUGAUGGGGGAAAACCCAGCCUGUAAGGACAGGAGGCUGGGGGGUGCUGGGGCUCACCCCCACAGCCCGCUGGGGUCUCUUCCCCUGCCAGACCACCUGCACUGUGCCGUAUCUACCUCAGCAGGAUGAAGGGCUCUGCCCCUGUCGGUGUCUGGACCCCAGGUUCCCCUGAGCUUCUGUCACAGCUGAGGGUUGGAUUGGCUGAACUGUGCCUGCCAGCUUACUCUGAGUGGCCUUGGCACUCACACAGAAGGGCUUGAGGGCUUGUCGGUGCUGUGAUGGGUGUAGCUCUGCCCUCGAGCAGUUCCUCUCCGGCAGAAAAGGCAAAGCUGGAGCACCUAUUCCUCAGGUGACCCAUGUUUCAGCUAGAACUUGAGUGGCAUUUAACAGGCUGUGGUUCUGACUCAGCUGCACUGGGAAGGAAUAGCACUGUGGUUGGAUAUUUAACGUGCAGACGCUAGGCUUCCCUCUGCCUGCCUUGUUUCUUUGGCUGUUUCAGUUUCAUCUAAUCUUUAGCCAGGCAGAGAAGCAGCAGCUGGGUUAAAAAGGUGGAUGACUUUGCUUGGUUGUUGCUGUAGUAGCAUUAGCUUUAGUCCCCUUACUUUCACUUCCUUUGCUCAAGACAUUCGGUAAGAGAACUUGCUGUUUCUAUUCCUGCUUUUCUUGAACCAGGCUGCAGCUUUUCUUGCCCCUUCUGGGUUUGACCAUUAAACUGUAGACUGUAUGCACUGAGCACGGUGUGUAGAAAUACUCAAGUCUUCAUCACAGGGUCCUUGUCUGCCGCUCUGCUGCUGUGCCACUGGCUGGAGGGCACUGAACCAGGUGAAGAUGUUUUUGCAGGGAUGGCGGCUGGAAUCACAUCUCUAUUUGCUGCUGGACAAAUCCAGGAAGCACCAAGACGCCGGUGCGUUGCCAGCCAUGCAGCAAUAGGGUUCCCCACGUUUAAGCAAAAAAAAUUAAUACAGUGAGCAGUAUUGCACAACACAAGGGUACAAACCCUCAGGGAAGGAAAGGGAUUCCCAGUCCCUACUUGUGCGGUGUUUAGGGCACAUCAGGCAGCUCUGGGCUGUGUUGGACACAGUUGAACUUUACGGUGUGCUUGCUUUCUGGGGGUGAGAGUGGAUUUGGGCAUUUGGCAGGCUGACUUGUGGAAGCACUGGCCUCACCCAUGUGAAAUGCAUCUUAUGUGCAGGUGUGAGAAGGGUCUGGGUCCCUUCUUCUCCCCCUUUCCUCACAUCACCAGUUAGUUCAAAGAAUGGAACACUUUUUUUAGCUGUGUUUGAUAUAGUCUCUACCCCCAACCUUAACCACCAUCUUAGGAACUGCCCACGAGUGCUGCUCUGGUCACUAACAUGUGACGAUCACUGCACUGUCACUGCUUGAUACUCCAUUUGUGACCUAAUGUUUGUAAUGACUAAUUCCUGCCACUACUGGGGGAUGCCCUGAAAUAAAAGUGCAACUAUUCAUGUG